AUGUUGAUGAAUUACAGGUGGUCACAGAACUGGCGCGUUUUUGCCUACGUCAAUGCUCUGGUUUGUCUUCCAGGGUUCCUGUUCUUCCAGUAAGUGAACUUCAUAUUUAUGAAACUACAAUUAGUCAUGAUAAUUGAGGGAGUGUAAUCAUGAACAAUUAUCCUUUCUUUCAGAUUCUUCAUUCACGAAUCUCCGCGAUGGCUUAUCACUAUGGGAAAGUUUGAAGAAACCAAAGAAGUUUCAAAGUUUCAAGAUUUUUUUCACAUUUUUAUUGUUCAGGUGUUGCGAAGACAGUUCACGACCUCAAAGCAACUCUAUCUGAUGAGUGACGAGUUCCAUGAUGUUUUGCAGACAGAACACGCGGUUUCUAGACACUUUUUGAUGUUAAUUUAAAAUUUUUUUCAGAUUUCGAAGCAGCAAAACAGCAAGCGCGGUCAAUACUCCUAUUACCACCUCUUCUGCACUUGGCGUUUGAUGCUUACUACUGUCGUUCUGGCGUUUAGCUAGUUAGUUUAUUAUCCCCUUCAUUUUCCUUUGGACAAAAGGAACAACUUCUCAUAAGGGAGGGAUCAAAAACCAAAUAUUCAGUUGUGCUACCUCGAUAGUUAACUACGGAAUUAUGUUUAACAUGGAAAAACUGAGCGGUUCGAUAUAUUGGAACUCUGUCUGGACAGGUCUCAUGAGGUUUGCUUUCUUCUAUUUGAGCAUAAAAAGACAAGUUCAGAUACGCUUGUAAUCUAGGGUUUGGGUACGCGGAUCUCAAGUUCACGCGCAUCGGCCGCAAGUUUAUUCACACGUCAGGGCUUUUAGUCAUCCUCGCCUCACUCGCCUUUGUCAUAAUUUCAUACAUUUUCCGUUAGUUGAAAAAAUGAUUAUCCAAAAUGAUAGAUUCGCAGAUAUCAACCAUGAAUUGAAAGAGGAGAUUCGAAUAGCCAUUCUGCUGGCCAGUUCCAUGACAUCUCAGGUUCGUCGCUUGGCAAUUUUGAAAUCGACGGGACUCAUUCAGGUGUACAUAGCAGAUGGAAUCGUGGGCAAUGAGCUUUUCCCGACGCCAGUCCGUAACCUCGGAUACUCCUUCCUCCAGCUGUGGAAUCGCGUCGGCGUCGUUCUUUCUCCUUUUGUAUUUUACCUCGUACGUCGGUUUGGAAAACUUUUUAUUGUAUUUUUUUUUACUUAGAAAAAUGUUAUGUUCAUAUUCUGAAGCCCUAAAGUUUUUUUUUGUCAACUAGAAGCUGAUGAAUGGUAAGUUUCUUCCUAAUUAUAGUCUGUUCAGAUUUUUAAUGUCAACCAGCUAACUCCGCCCCCGCUGAGAAGGUACCUUUUCGCGUCGAUGUUUUAUCGCGCGGGACUAAUUUUGAUCUUUUUUGAUCUAAAAGAUAGAAAAAGAAGUCAAAAAUGCAGCCUUAUUAAAGGGACAUCGUCAUCUGUAGAUAAAAAAUUGACGCGAAAGAUAUUGUAGCCUUGGGGGCGGAGUUAGCUGCUUGACAUUAAAAAUCUGAACAGACUAUAACUUAGUUUUUAAGGGUAUUUUUCCAACCGAAAAUUUUACAAAAAUUGUUCUUUUCGAUUUUUGAGCCCUAACAUUUUUCAGCUUCUUAGUUUGCAUACAAUUAGUUAUACAAAGUUUUACUACAUCUAAUUUUAAAAAAAGCAGGGCGCUAUCUUGCGGCUAUUAAACUACAAUCAAACAAUGUCUGAAAUCAGAUAAUUUUAAGGAAUACUGUAUUUCUGACAUCUAGCAUAACUAUAAUAAAGUUACUAUAUGUAGGGGGCGCAAAGCCCCGCCCCUUCACGCCACCAAAAUGACGAUUUUUUUGUUGCAAAAACGGUUUUGAGGCGUUUAUACUAGCUAAAGUCCCUCUUUAAAAAUGAACUGUUUCUGUUAACUUAUGUAAUCGACAACGCUCUACAAGACUCAAUAUUUUUUUAAAACUAUGUAUUUUUUUCAAAAAUUAAGCGAAAAAAAGUAAGAUUUAACACGAAAAAAACUGACAAGUUUCACAAAAAUCGUCGCGUUUCAGAAAAACCAAGUGAGGAACGCUUCUGAAUUUUGAGUAUGUUAUACAUUAACACUUUCUUUAUUUUUUUUGAGUGAAAAUGAAAAAAAUCUACCGACGCGAAAAAAAUAUUAAAAGCUUGUAAAGUGACAGCAAACUUUGAAGCUGAAAUGCGAAAAAAAUUUUUCAGCGACAUGGUAUACUUUUUAUUUGAUUUAAAAAAACUAACAAAGUGUCCAAAAAAAUAAAAAAAUUCAAAAUGAAAAAUAAUUAUUGGGACAGCGAAUCAAAUUAUAUUUGAGUUUUUUUCCAAAAACCUCCUUUUUUUCGUCUGCCUCGUUGACGCAUGAGAGAAUAGGAUCGCGUCUAUAUUUUUUUGAUUAUGUUAUUAAGCGUUCAAAACUCUAUCAAUGAAAAAAUUAUGAAAAAAAUCGAUCGACGCGAAAAAAAUAACGGCUUUGAAAACCUCGAAAAAAUGGCAAUUUUUUUUGAAAUUUCGGAAGAUUUCGUGCAAGUGUCCGUAGCAGUGUUUGCGUCAAACACACCGAUGCGCCAUUUUAAAUGUCGCAGGAGCCGUUUUUUUCGGAGUCAAAUUGCACUUUUUUUCCUGUUUUAUUUCGAUAUAACGUUAUUUUUUUUAUUUUUUUCUUAUUUCCAAAUCGAAUGAUAAUAAUUUUUUUCUGAGUAGAAAAAAAGAAAAAAAUAAGCUGAAAAAAAUCCCUUUGACCUUUUUUUCUAGGUAGUUUUUUUGAUAUUGUAUUAAAAAAAUUCUUAUGAGGAUUGUACAAAAGAUUCAUACCAAAACAUGAGGCUCCGUUCGGACAACCUCUCAGAACAGAAAACCGAUUUAAAAACGGUCCAGAAACGCGCAAAAACAUUUAAAAAGAAAGCGUGCGGCAGCGGGUAAACCGUGAGAUUUCGCCUCCACGCCGAGCGCGCUCGUUUUUUGGCCAUAACUUUUUUCUUAAUGGAGCUUUUUUCAAAAACUAAACGGAUUAUGAAAAUGGACAGUCUCCUCUAUCGAACAAUGUGAAAAACAUAUUUUUUGAAUCGUUCUGAAGAAACGGCUUGCGGUCCCUAACUAUAUGUAUGUUUAUUUAGAUUGAAAAUUCUCUUGAAUAUAAAAUUUAAAGAAUUAAGAAAGUUAUUUUCAAGUCAAAGAGUAUCUGCCGGAAAGUUCUACACACAACAUGAUUCAAACUAAAUGACUCCAAAACUGCCUGAAUUUUGUAUGAAAGCGAAUGAAAAGAAAGAAAAAGACUUUUGAUAUAAGUUCAUUGCAAAACUCGAAGAGAUUUGAAGGCUGAUUUCUGGCUGGCCCUGCCAUUCUGCGUGAUGCUGUUCCUGUCGUCCAUCGACAUGUUUUCGUUCGAAGUUCUGUUGCCGGAGACGAAAGGCAAGCCGUUAGUCGAGCACAUGCCGCCUCGUUCAGAUUGGAUCAUCAAAGGCAAGUUUUGGCCGAACUUCUCUUUCAGUUCGUUUUUUUCAGGUAAAAUCGAGUCUCCUCAAGCCGCCGAGCCUCUCGUCUGA